UAAUGGUGGAUAGAUUUGAUGAACAUUUCUUUUUAAUUGCAAAAGAGACUGGAGGAAUUGAAGGAUUAUUAAAUUCAUUAUUCAGUUUUCUAUUGAGAAGAACAGAUUAUUAUUAUGAAUGUAUUGUAUAAUAAAAUCAUUUUUAGGUGAUCCUGGAGAUAAGAUGGGAUUUCCACCUGGAGUUGCAUUGAAUAUGUUAGGAAAUACAUUUAAAAAAUAUUAAGAUGAACAUUAUAAAGUACAUAAAAAGAAAUCUGCUUAAGAAUAUAAAGAGAAAUUAGAAAUAUAUUAAAAAAAGUAGAAGGAAUUAUUAGAGAAAAAAAAAGAAUAAGAAGAGUUAAAAAAAGAGAUUUAAAUUUAAUAAUAAUAAUAAAAGUAGGUUCAAUAAAAUGAGAAUUAAAGUUAAUAGGAUGUGUAGAUAAAAUAAGAGCAAAAUUAAUAAAAGAAUGAAAAUUUUACUUAAAAACAAAAAAUAGAUCCAUAUAUAAAUACUUAUAAUGGAGGAGAGACAGAAAAAUAUUCUUGGAGUUAAUCUGGUAAUGAUGUAGUUGUAACAAUGAAAGUUCCAGAGGGAUCUAAUAAAAAAAAUGUAUAUAUUAUAUAAGAAUAAUCAUUUAGUUAAAGGUAAUUAUAACUGCAAAUACAUUAACAGUUAAAGUGAAGGAUAAUGUAGUUGUGGAUGGAAAAUUAUAUGAUAAAGUAAAAAGUGAUGAAUCUAUUUGGUCUAUAGAAGAGAAUCUAUUGACUAUCACAUUAGAGAAAGGGUAAGAGAAUAUUUGGAAAACUGUUAUUUUAGGAGAUAAAGAGAUAGAUGCAACAAAAGUUGAGAAUACAAAACCAUUAGAUGAUUUUGAUUCUGAAACUUAAGGGGCAAUUAGAAAGAUAAUGUAUGAUUAACAAAGGAAAUAAUAAGGAUUACCAACUUCAGAAGAGGAAUAAUAAUUAGAAAUAGUAAAGAAAGCUUGGAAUGCUGAAGGUAGUCCAUUUAAAGGUUAACCUUUUGAUCCUAGUAAAUUCAAUCUUAGUAAUGGUUAAAUAUAAUUCUGAG